AUGAAUGAUCAGAAAUCAUUGGUAGACAGGAAAAUAGAUACUUUCUUGAAUGAUGCAUAUAAGAAAAGUGUUAGUGAUGGGAUAAGACGACGCAAUAAGGAGAAACUUCUGCGUGAGACAGCCUUCCUUAAAGUAUUAUUUUCUGCAGAAAAUAAUCUGACUGUUUUCUCAGGAAAUGAUCAGAUGGUUUCAAAGAAGUCAGAAAAAAUCAAGAAAACUUCAAGAAAUCAGCAAAAGGUUGUUGAAAUUCGUCAUGAGACAGAAGUUACUGAUAAAACUGCAAGAACUCAAAUAUACAAGGAAAUGUUAGAACAUCUGGCUGGUGUUACGCCUGUUGCCUUGCGAAUUAAAACUCUUAGAGCCAAAAAAAUUCACAAAUUGUUUGGAGAGAAUGGUGUAGGGAUUGAUAAGAUUAAGUGUGUCAAUUGCAAUGCAAAUGAGAUUUCAAAAUUAACUAACGAACAAAUUCAAAAUAUUAUAGAUCAAGUAACUUUAAAAACUAUUUUCUCGGGAAAUGAUCAGAGUCACGUGCCUUUGAAAAUCACCAAUGGUAAUGCAUUUUCAAAACUUAAGACAUUGGGCCAAUAUUCUAAUUUAUAUAAAGAAUUUAGUAGUGAAAAUUUUGACUAUUAUGGUAUUACUGACAAGACAUCUUGUGAUCCCAAAAGGACUUGCCCAUUAUGCAGUUUAGAUCAUGAUGAUGAGGAAAGUAUAGAAGCCUCUGGUUUCAAGCCUAUUACCUUCAAAGCCAGACCUGAUCCAGAAUUAAUUAUCAAAUCCAAGGAUGAAGAACAAGAUUACGAGGUCCUAGAAGGAUCUGAUCAGAAUAAUGUAUUGGAGGUAGUCUUGCCUGAAGAUCCCGAAGAGAAGCGAAAACAUAUCAUUGGGUUGGUGCUAAAGAAGUUUCCUUAUCUAUCUUUAGACGAUAGUGAUGAACACUAUGACACAUUUAAUCUUGAUAGUUCAGCACUCUGUCCUUUAUGUAAUGGAGACCAUAAAGUAAACAGAAGUAUAUUUGAUGAAAUAAAAGGUGAAUGGGGUGCUGGUGAAUAUUACAGAGAACGAAUUUAUCAUCUCAACUGCAGGGAGUCUCUUAAACAUGGAAUCCCAAUAGUAUCAGUAAAAGCAUAG